CAAAUUCUGCAGAAGUUUGGAAACCGUUGCUCUAAGUUGUAAAUUCCUUGGAGAAAAGCCACUGUUGUAAUUAGGGUGGGUGAGGAGGAAAAGGGCGGGGCUUGGGAGUUGCAGGGAGCAGGGGUUGCGCAGCUGAAGGAACUGGAAAAGCGAACUGAGGACCGGCCCAUAGCCCCACACGGCGCUGCACCUGCCAGCAGGGAGGCACCUAGAGUCCAUCUGGUCCAGGCCCCUGCCUUUGGGUCCCUAGACGGCUCCACCUUUCAGCCCCGCCCCUCUGUCCUUUCCAGACAAGAUGCAACGACUGUGUGUGUGCGUGCUGAUCUUGGCACUGGCUCUGACCGCCUUCUCUGAAGCUUCCUGGAAGCCCCGCUCCCAGCUGCAGGAUGCACCCUCGGGUCCAGGGGCCAACAGGGGCCUGGAACCACAUUGGCUGAACCGGCUGGGCCCAGCCUCUCACCACCGACGGCAGCUAGGGCUCCAGGGUCCCCCACAGCUGGUGGCAGACCUGUCCAAGAAGCAGGGACCGUGGCUGGAGGAAGAAGAAGCAGCGUACGGAUGGAUGGACUUCGGCCGCCGCAGUGCAGAGGACGGGGACCAACAUCCCUAGAACGGAGCUUCAGAGCCCAGCCUCUCCCAGCCCAGCCCAGCCCCAUGAAAAACCAAUCAAAAUAAACUAGCUUCCAAUGGAUCACAUUGUGUCAAGUGUGGGGCAGGAGAGGGGAGUUGGUGGAGACACGGUUGAGGCAACAGAGAGAACGGAGAACCCUCUUGGGGACGGGGGCCCAUGACUCAUUCGUCUCGGUAUCCCCAGAGCCUAACAUUGAAUGAGAAUCUACUCGUGCAGGUGGAAAACAGUGGUAGGGUCACAACCAGAGUCCUCUUCCUAAAAGAGAAAUCAAACUGCGCCCCUCCAGGUUUUCACCUUCCAAUGCCUCCUGCUGCACUU